UUUGCUGUUGUUUGUACUUCCGCCCUUUUCGCGGGUUAGAAUUUGUUGAGUAAAUUUCGUGGUUUUGCUUAUGUAUAAGUAUAAGUGAAUUUCGUGGUUUUGCUAAUGUGUAGGUGAAUUUCGUGGUUUUGCUUAGGCCUAUGUGUAGGUGAAUUUCGUGGUUUUGCCUAUAUGUUAAGCUAUGGUGGAUAACAAAUCUGUUAAUCAUUCCUCUCAGAAAUUUCGUUUGUUUUUAUGUCUGAAAGGGCGCAUUAAUAGCCACCCCAUCUAAACCUGCCUUUAGUAGAUAGUUGAAGGAAUGUACAAGCUACAUAUAUUAACAGAUUUAUUCAUCUAGCCAUUGUCAUGGAGUCAGAAAACGAACUUAUUCUUAACCAGUGUUUCUCAGACAUCCAGGAAUUCUAGAGGAUCUGUUACGUCACUUUGCGUUAAACAGGAACAGAAGAAUGCAGAACUUUUAGAAAGGCAGAAAUUUAUUUUAAGAAAACAAAAGUUAGAAAGGGAGCGACUUAAUUUACAACAAAAGGAAGAAUUAUUGAAUAUUGAAGAAGAAAUAACCAUAGCUAAUGCAAAUACACAAGUCGUGCUAGACGUUAGUAAUGCAGAGACUCUGGUUACAAGAAGUGUUGCUAAUUCUGAUUUAGAACUGAAUUCUAAUAUCUGUUCCCCUACUAACACCCAAGAUCAAAAACAUUUUUCAGAAUUAGAUAAUAUUCAUAUCCAUGCCCCUGCUUACAUGCAAGGUCAACAACCGCUUUCAGAAUUUAAUAAUGCUUACAUUCAACCUUUGCAGACAUCUGCCAUUACUGAUAUAGUUCAACAUUUAAGGAGACCUGGAACAGAAAUCAAGAAGUUUGGUGGAAAUCCGAUAGAAUUUCCUCAGUUCAUGAGACAGUUUCUUACUAAGUUAGUAAGUUGUACCUCAAACGACGAUGAGCGCCUUAACUAUUUGGAGCAGUAUACGUAUGGACAGCCGAAUAAGAUUGUAUGUGGCUACAGUUAUCUGGAAGCUUGUAUUGCCUACCCUGCAGUGGUCAAGGAAUUGGAGGAACGCUACGGAGAUCCCAAUAUUAUUGGCAAUGCCUUUGUUAAGCGAGCUUUGGACUGGCCAACUAUAAAAUCAGAUAAUCCCAGUUCUCUAGAUGAAUUUGGUAUUUUUCUAACAGAAUGCUUGAAUGCAAUACGUGGAAUAGACGCUAUUCAAGUCCUUCAGUAUCCUGAUAACAUGAAGAAACUAAUUCGCAAGUUGCCAUAUCACCUACACGACCGUUGGAGAAAUGUAGUACAGAAACAUAGAGACAAUGGUGACGAAGUCAACUUUAAGCACUUGGUAGAUUUUGUUAAGCUAGAAGGAAAGAAAUCUACUGACCCCCUUUAUGGAAAGGAUGCUUUGCUUGAUAACUCCAGGAAGGAAUCAAUUAAACACUCUAGUUCGUCAUAUAGUAAUAACUCUUUAAGUCAGCCAAGGUCAAAGGGCACAUUUACAACUCAAACUAAACCAGGCUUUAAUUCUGCAUGUGAACCGAAAGCCAAGCUGGAGUGCGAACACUGUAAUGGAAAUCACAAACUUAAAGACUGUCAAUCGCUGUAUAAACGUCCACAGGAAGAAAGAUUAGAUGCUAUUAGAAACCUUAACCUUUGCUUCGCCUGUCUUAAACCAGGACACUUUAGUCCAGCAUGUCAAAGUCGUUUGAUGUGCACUCACUGCAAAAGUUACCAUCCGUCUGUAUUACAUAUUGAUUAUGCAAACACACAGCCCAAGACUGCAGCAUAUGUAACACAUGGGAGUUAUACGAGGGCCGGAGAAGCCAACUCAGAUUUAGUUACGAUGCCCAUAAUUCCUGUAAAGGUCACAACUACUGAUGGAUUGGUCGUAGUGGAUACGUAUGCUUUUAUGGACCAAGGAAGCAGUGUUUGCUUUAUAACAAACUCUCUUAUGGAAAAGUUAGGCAUUUUCGCACUAAAAACUCACCUGAAUAUUGAAACUAUGCAUGGUUCCAACUUCAUAUCUUCAAUUCUUUGGUUAAGAAUUUAGAAAUUUUUAAUCCUGAUUUAAGUGAUAAAGUCUGUAUACCUAUUUGUUAUUCAAAAGACAACAUACCUGUUACCAGACAACACAUUCCAGUAAAGAGCGACAUCUAAAGAUGGUCUCACCUUUCAGAGGUUUACAUAUCAGACUUACCCAAAAAAGUUGAUAUUGGUUUACUUAUUGGUAAUAAUAGCGGAGGCAUAUACCCCAUUUGAUAUCAAAGUUGGACCUAAGGGAAGUCCCUACGCUUCGAGAUCUGCACUAGGUUGGAUAUUGUGGGACCCGAGCCAAUGUCAAGAGGAAAUGGACAUUAUGUGCCAAUAUGCACUAUAUUAUAUAAACAUAUCUUCCCAUGUGGGUGGGUGGGUAGGUGGGGAGGGGCGUCAUCAAACAAUCGGCCCACUCAGCACAACAAAAUCAAUUAUUACCCUCAGCUAGGUAGAAAAGUUGUUAGUAAGUACAGCAUUAUGUAAUUUUGAAAUGAUUCAGUUGAAUAUUGUUUUGUAGAUCUCAUGUCGGGUUGAAUGAGACUCCGACAAACCGACCCAUUUUCCAUUUUCCACUUGGCAAAAAUAACGGCCCCAUUUGCCUUUCUGGACUAAGCCGCCUCCCCCCCAAGAAGAAAACCUGCUGUGCCCUCCUGUGUAUCAAAUGCCCAUAUUUUAUAUUUUGUCAGCAUGCACAAAAUCAUCGAAGCAUGCAAAAUAGCUGUAAAUUAAAAACUGUCAAACAAAUCACGGCGUACUGUUCAGAAUUUGUAUAAAACGUUAAAAAAAAACCCCAAAAAAUUUCGUGUUUAUAAUAUUAUGCUAAUAAACAACCCCUUCGAUCAGAUGUUUGGCCAUACGAUUACGCGUGAACA